CGGAAUCUACAGUAUAGAACGAUCAAUCACUCAGUGUUGAUACAUUGGAACCAAAAAUAAAAAACAACAAAAAGCAAAGAAAUUAAUUAUUUGUGCAAAAAAGGCAACGAAAAUGCUGUAUAACAAGAAUUUUAUAAUAUUUGUCGCACUCUUCGCUUAUUGUAGUGCACACUCAGUAAACACGCUCACCGAUCUGCAAAUAGAGGAGGAGGAUUCGGAGCAGCCAUGUCCAUUGGUGUGCCCGGCUAUGUAUGCGCCGACUUGCGGCUUUGAUGGCGCAGACUAUCAGGAAUUCGUCAACCCUUGCAUGUUAAAUUUGGCCAAUUGCGAACGUCAAAAGACGCGUUCGUUGAAGAAACCAUUCGCUCAAACCGAUAUCGAUUGGUGCGCUACAAAGUUGGUAGAUCUGUAUGAUUGGCUGAGUAAAAUGGAUGUGGAUCUGAAUAAAUCGGAAUGCUUGAAACCUUGCCCGAUGAUUUAUGCACCGGUGUGCAUUUCAAAUGGAAAAUAUCGCGCCACCAUUCCAACCGCUUGCCUACUGGACCAAUUUAAUUGUGCGCUGAAUGGCACUAAAUUGAGUUCCGAUCUCUUUAGGGUAUUGAGCUCUUAUAAAUGCGAGCAGUCCUAAGGCCUCAGCAGUAGAUGUGGUAAGAAUUUGCGCAUGUGAACAGGAAAAACUUAACGCAAAUUAAGAAAAAAGAAACUUCAAUAAAAAUUUUCUUUUGAAGACUUCAA